AUGGUCAAUGCCAUUUCGUUCGUCGCGCUUGUGUUUGCUGCGAGUGCUGCCGUGACUUCGGCUGUCUCCAUGCGCGCCGAGGCGGCUCCCAUGCCGAAUGGAGCAUGGCCCAGUAGCCAAGGCGAUGUAAAGUUUGCAGCGCCGUACACGGUCAAGAAGGGCGAGGUCUUCGAUGGCAAGAUGAAGACGUACCAGCGCUCAAACGUCAAGUGCCGUGGCGGCAUGGAGAGUAGCUGGCGAAACGCCGUCUUCGUUGUCCAGGAAGGCGGUACACUCAAGAACGCGAUCAUUGGCGGUUCAAAAAGCAGCGUGACGAGAGUGAUCGGCGGCGGUGCGCGCUCGGCUGCCGACAAGGUGGUGCAGCACAACGGCUACGGUUCGUUGAUCAUCGAGGGGUUCUAUGCGGUGAACUACGGGACAUUCUGCCGCAUGUGCGGCGAUUGCGGCAACAAGGGUGUCGCCAUCAGCCUCAAGAACGUGUUUGCCGUCAACGGUCGCGUGAGACUCGUGACGCAGAACGAGGGCGACAAGGUCACGGUUGGGGGGAUCAAGAUCAAGGGCAAGAAAGUCGAAGUGUGUUCGGUCGGCACGGGCGCCUCGCGCACGUCCUGCAACUACUCGCCCAGUAGCGUCACGUAUGUGUGA